AUGGCCGGCUUCGGCCCCUUCUCCGCGCGGCCCUACCUGGACUUCUGGGAGCCCUCUCGGCCCGGCGGAGAGCGCGCGUCCCCCGCGCGGCUGGGGGGACCCGGGGACCCGCCUUACAUGCCCGUGAGUGGAACUUUCAAGGUAAAAAAGGCACCUAGUGGAGACCAGUGGGCAGUGCCCGUCUGCAGACAUCCAGGUCGCUGUUCCCCUUCCUCGGUUCCCACGGAGAAGUCUUCUGUGGCCUCCCAAAUGUUCAGGACGCAGUCGGCCUGUGUGCGCACCCCAAAAAGAGACAGUGACCUGGCUGAGUCGUUGGCCAGGCAGUGCUCCCAGCCCUCGGUCUCCAGCGAAGAGGCGCAGAGCCAGCACACCCAGAUCCUCAAGAACAAGCUGGAAGAGGUGGUGGUAUCCUCCAGGGACCAGAAGAUCGUGGCCCUGGUGCUGGCCCGAGUCAAGAAAGCCCAGAGGAUGCGGGAGCUGCAGCAGCAGGUGGCGACAGCCUGGGAGGAGCUGAAGCGCUCGGACCAGAAGGUCCAGAUGACCCUGGAGAGAGAGCGCCAGCUGCUGCUGCAGCAGAGCCAGGAGCAGUGGAAGCAGACUGGGCGGCGGCAGCGCGGCAGGGGGUGCGACAGCCAGGUGAGGAACGUGACCCAGGGGGAAAGCCGGUGCAGGGCGCCACUGCACGACCAGGAGAACCAAUGCCAGGAGGACCUGGAGAGGGCGCGCGCCCGGGCCGAGCACCGCAAGCUGUGCCAGGUGCAGCGCCUACGGGAGCAGGAGAGGAACCGCCUGCAGCUGCAGGAGAGGCUGGAGAAGGCCUUUCUCAAGAGGCACCUGCACGCCAUGGAGGGACAGAAGAAGGGCCAGGAGACCAACCUGAGCUCCCUCGUCAAUUACCAGGCCCGCAAGGUUCUCAUGGACUGCCAGGCCAAAGCUGAGGAGCUCCUCAGGAAGCUGUCCCUGGAGCAGAGUUCCCAGAGGUCCCAAGAGAUGCACCAGGGCCUGAUUAGGGAGCGGCACCAGGAGUUGAGGGACAAGGCCCAGAAGGAGGAAGAGGAGUUCCAGCAGGCCAGGUGGCACACAGGAGAGUCUGAGGAGAAGGGGAAGACACACAGGAGGACGCCGGUGGAACUAGCAGACCAGAGGAUCGGGCAGGCCAGGACCUCCACGUACAAGACCACCAGGCAGGAGGCACAGCACCUCCAGGAGCUCAGUAUCCUGCGGGAGAAGAAUCGCCACAUUCUGAAGCUGAAAGCCGAGAAGGAUGAAAAGGGUCACAUCCAGGGCAUCAAGGAAGCUGUCAGGAAGAAGGAGCAGAUCUCCCAAGGGAGAGAUCCCACCUUCCAGGAGUUCCAGAAGAUGCCCGGCCUUCAUAGGAAAGCUGCCCAACAGGUCCUUUGAUCAGAUGGCAGAAGCCCAGCAGAGAAGGGGCUACUGAGAACUGAGGACAAAUAACUUACAGGCCCGGCAGUCAGGAGAUGUGGCAAUGUGAUACAUUGUAUAAUCUGAUUACAAUUGAGCACUGGUUUCUAA